AUGAGCAGUGUUGGAUUAGCCCAUAACGUGACGAUUUUAGGGUCAGGGGAGACCACCGUUGUCCUCAGCCAUGGUUACGGCACCGACCAAUCCGUGUGGAAGCACCUCGUCCCGCACUUGGUAAACGACUACAAAGUCCUGCUCUUCGACAAUAUGGGGGCGGGGACCACCAAUCCCGACUACUUCGAUUUCGAGCGUUAUUCCAGCUUGGAAGGCUAUUCUUACGACCUAAUCGCCAUUUUAGACGAGUUCCGCGUCAGCAAGUGCAUUUUCGUGGGCCACUCCAUGUCGGCCAUGGCUGGAGCCUUGGCAUCUAUUUUCAGGCCAGACUUAUUUCACAAGCUCGUCAUGGUCUCGCCCACCCCGAGGUUAAUCAACUCAGAGGACUAUUUUGGUGGAUUUGAGCAGAAGGAGAUAGAUGAGCUGUUGGGGUCCUUGGAUGAGAACUACAAGUCGAUGGCGUUGGGAUCUGCGCCGCUUGUACUGGCUUGUGACCUGGAAUCGGCGGCCGUGCAGGAGUAUUGUAGGACCCUGUUCAACAUGAGGCCCGAUAUUUCGUGCUGCAUGGGCCGCAUGAUAUUCGGGCUCGAUCUGAGGCCCUAUCUCAGCCACGUCACAGUCCCGUGCCACAUCAUCCAGAGCUCCAAGGAUUUUAUGGUCCCAGUUGCGGUGGGGGAGUACCUCAGCAAGAACUUGGGAGGUCCAUCGUUUGUGGAGGUGAUGCCGACCGAGGGUCACCUGCCGCACCUCAGCGCGCCGCGGAUCAGUGAAGAUUUGAUUAAAGUUAAAUAUUACACUGUGAGUGAGUAA